AUGGCUCUUAAUUUAAUUGCUCUCGAAUUUCAGAUGAGCAGCAGUGAUUCGACGACUCCAAGUGGAAGCAAAGGAUUCAUGCAUAUGCCGGCCGAACUUUUCGACCAAGUCGACGCGCAUCUCUCCUUUGAGGAUUCGACCAACUUUAAGUCAGCACAUCCACUCAUCGACGUCCGGCUGACGAGCAAUUUGAUCCAUUACGACAAAAUUCAUCUCAGCGACGAAGAAGACGAAUGCUGGAUUUCGGACACCCGUUGUCGUGUGGCUCCACGAAAAUUCAGGGCCAACAACGUCUCGGUGCUUAUUCGAUCCCUUGAGAACCUCCGUGAAAUUACUGUCAUCAUGAAGGAUGUCAACAUCAAAAGUGCUCAAUCCCUCGAGAAGAAGGCGAAGCUCACAGACUACACACCGUACACCCCUGGAGGCUAUCUGGCCAAACUUUUCAACGGAGUCGACCCGGCAGAGCUCCGGCUCAGACAACUCUCUCUCCACGUGGAUAUUAUGGUCGAGUCGUUGCAGGAUGUGUACAGUUUGCAGUGCCCUACAGAGGACUUGAGUUUCUCGAUGAAUCAUUUGAUCAAUGCGAAUUUCAACUCGUUUAUUCAGGUGAGCCUUUAG